AUGUCGAAGGUGCAUCGGGCUGGGAACACAAGCAGCAGCAGCAGCAGCAGCAACAACAACAGUGGUCAUAGUAGUAGCGAUGGCGGUGGCAGUGGCCGGGAAGAGCUGGCUGGUAAGGGUAAGAAACACGAUUUGACUUUUCCGCGGGAAAGCGUUGAUAAGAAGAAAGUGAGCACGAAAUCGAAGCUGUCGCUUGCGUUGCAGAACAGCGAGACCGGGUCUGCUGUGCAGGUCGGUGGUGCUAAGGCUGGAGACGGUAUGGUUUUGGAUGAAAGUGCCGUGGAGGAUGACCCGGGCGGUCCCCGUGCAGGACAGGGACUCGCCGGUGUCGAUGACGAGGAUGAUGACGCCGUUACGGCUCUGUCCUUUAUGACUGCAGCGUCUACGGUCAAUACACGGACUGAAUCCGAGUCAGAUUCAGAGUACUCGUCGUGUGAUGAGAAAAACGAGGAGUCUUUGAAGGAUUAUAGACCCGGAGGGUACCACCCGGCAUACAAGGGUGAGAAAUACAAGGAAUGCCGGUACGUUUUGGUGAGGAAGUUGGGCUGGGGCCAUUUCUCUACGGUGUGGUUGGCCAAGGACACGGCGACAGGCUCGCAUGUCGCGAUGAAGAUCGUGCGAAGCGAUAAAAUAUACACCGAGGCUGCGCUCGACGAGAUCAAACUGCUCGAGAGGCUCAAGUGCGAUAAAGAGGACCUCUGCGAGGGGUCCAAACAUAUCCUGGAUCUGAUGGACAGUUUUAUACACACGGGUCCGAACGGGAAACAUAUCGUUAUGGUGUUUGAAGUGCUCGGUGAAAACUUGCUCGCAUUGAUCAAGAAGUACGAGCAUCGCGGUAUUCCGAUAAUAUACGUUAAACAAAUCUCGAAACAGUUACUUUUGGGUUUGGACUACAUGCACAGGAAGUGUGGCGUCAUUCACACGGAUAUAAAACCUGAAAACGUUUUGAUGGAGAUUGGCGACGUGGAAUCCAUUGUGAAAAUGGUGACUAUGCUUGAUAAACAGAAGAGGGACGUUAAGAAAUUACAGAGGAAGCUCCGCAGAUCAGAAACGGAUGUACAAAAGAGAGCUGCUCCACAGAGUAACGGCACACAUUCUCAUAUUAACACGGGUCCGUCAUCGAUCAAUUCAAACCAUAAUAGAGCCGAUUACAGAAGCUUCAGCAACAACUCGACGACAAACAACAACGUCACUCUGUCGCAUUCCUCCAAAUCGGCCGUUCAAAGUAUCCCACCGCGGAGAGCGAGAAGAAACACAAUAAUUAGAGGGUCUCAACCUUUACCGUCCCCACUCAGUUCUACGAAUUUUUUCGAACUCAAGAGUCAACUGCUUAAUGGCACCUCCUCGACAUCUUCGUCACAAUUCCCAUCGCCUUCUAAAAACGGCGAUACCUCUGUUGGAUCUGUGAACUCCUCGUCAUACAGAGAAUACCAUGGUAUAAACGAGAAACAAAUCACACAUUCCCUGUCCUCAUUCGAACUCUCGAAUGAACAGGGCCACAAUUUCAGCGAAAACUCUGUGGGCAACUACGACCACUCGUACACAGAACAAAUGGGGGGUGUCACCACAGAUGCGGAUAACAACAUCAUCCAGAUCAAGAUUGCCGAUAUGGGGAACUCCUGCUGGUAUGACGAACACUACACAAACGCCAUCCAAACGAGGGAGUACCGUUCCCCGGAGGUGUUAAUGGGGGCACCAUGGGGGUGCAGUGCAGAUAUAUGGUCCACUGCGUGCCUUAUAUUCGAACUAAUCACUGGUGACUUUCUGUUUGAACCAAACGAGGGCCACUCGUACACGAAGGAUGAUGACCACAUUGCUCAAGUCAUUGAACUACUGGGGGACUUCCCGCCGUACUUGUUGUCGCAGGGCAAGAACACCAAGAAUUUUUUCAACUCAAAGAACAAGUUGAGGAACAUCUCCAAAUUGAAGUACUGGCCGUUGAAGGACGUGUUGAUGGAAAAAUACAAGUUCAAUGUAGCAGACGCGACACAGAUUUCCGAUUUCUUGCUCCCCAUGCUUGAGUUGGAUCCGCGAAAACGCUCAGACGCCGGCAGGCUUGUCAACCACCCGUGGUUGAAGGACACCUUGGGGAUGGAACGCAUUACAGUAGGUGAUAGAGAGCUGUAUGGUAGCGGUAGCGACAUCCCAGGCUGGUUCGAGGAAGUGCCGGGCCACAAUAAGCAUUAA